AUGAUGCUGCAGGAUCAGAGGGGUGUGAAGAGGGAAAUAAACCCUGAGAAGGAGGUUUUGAAGAAGCUGGUUGAGUCCCAUCACUUCAUCGCGGCGACGGCGUGCCAGGAGGCGGACUACGGCUGGAUGAUCCGACACUACUGCCUGAAGCAGUUCCAGCUCACCAUGGAGGGCAUCGGGCAGCGGCUCUGGUGCGACUGGGACGAGACCGUGGGCACCUAUGGGGAGCUGACGAACUGCACGGCGCUGAUCGCUGAGAGGCUCGACUGCUACUGGCCCAACCGGCUGGUGGAUGAGUUCUUCGUGGCCGUCCACAAGCAGUACUUCAGGAACUGCUCCCCCUCCGGCCGGGCACUGCACGACCCCCCGAACAGCAUCCUCUGCCCCUUCAUCCUGCUGCCUGUCCUUGUCACCCUACACAGUGGCAACUUUAUCCGAAGAUGA